CCUCACUCUCGAGUCUCGAACAAAACGCACGCACGCAAAACACAAAAAGCAAAAAGCAAAAAGCAAACCACACUCUGCACUGUUUCUUCAUCAUUGACCAAUCAUAUCAGUCUCUCGCACACACACACACAGAGGGAUGGCGGGGUGUUUCAGCUUCACAGCCACGCGCGACACCUGCUUCCGCUAUUCCUUCUCCAACGCGGGCCUCAAGUCCACCACCACAGAUCUCGGCGACGGCUCCAUCAUCCACUCAUGGGCCCCCAAGGCCCACAACGACUCCAAGCCCACUCUCCUCCUCCUCCACGGGAUAGGGGCCAACGCAAUGUGGCAGUGGAACGACUUCGUCUCGCCCCUCACGCGCCGCUUCAACGUCUACGUCCCGGACCUUCUCUUCUUCGGGGACUCCUACACCACCCGCCCUGACCGCUCCGAGGCCUUCCAGGCCCACUGCGUCAUGGGCCUCCUCCAGGCCCACGGAGUCCGCACAACCAGCGUGGUCGGGAUAAGCUACGGCGGCUUCGUGGCCUACAGCCUCGCCGCGCAGUUCCCGGAGCGCGUGGAGAAGGUGGUGCUAUGCUGCGCCGGGGUUUGCUUGGAAGAGAGGGACAUGGACGAAGGCAUGUUUCAAGUGAAGAGUGUCGAAGAAGCUGUUGAAAUUUUGUUGCCGCAGACGCCGGAAAAAUUGAGGCAGCUCGUGCAGCUCACGUUUGCUAAGCCUAUCAAACUCAUGCCAACUUGUUUCCUCUCUGAUUUCAUUCACGUGAUGUGUACGGAAAACCGCCAAGAGAGGAAAGAACUAAUCGAGACAUUGCAUAAGGAUAGAAAACUUUCUAAUCUUCCCAAGAUAACCCAGCCUACGUUAAUAAUCUGGGGAGAACAGGACCUGGUAUUCCCAAUGGAAUUAGCUCACAGACUGAAAAGGCAUCUGGGAGACAACGCACAACUAGUGGUUAUUAAGAAUGCAGGGCAUGCACUGAAUGUAGAGAAGCCGAAGGAGAUGUACAAGAAUUUAAAAUCCUUCCUCAUUGAUCCCAUCACUCCAAAUGUGCAAAAGAACCACAGUAAUGGUCGCAAGAUGGAUUAGCACUUAGCAGGGUCAGACUAUUGAAAUGGAAGAGAUUUAAUUUAAGGCAUUGUGGAUUUGCUUGUGUGUCUAUUUGUUUAUACUUUAUACGCUGUUAUCAGCCAUGCGAUAUAUAUAUUUUUUCUUGGAUAGGAACGAGAGGGAUAGUUGGAAAACUGGUUAUUUGUAGAGAACGAGAACAGUGCAUCUGCUGCCAAUUUAAAAGGAUGUAGAUGAGCAUCAGAAAAGAAAUUUUAGGCCAUCCGCUCUAAAUUCAUCAUUCGGGAAACAGUGCUACGGUAGGAUCUAGAAAA